AUGUCCGUGGUAGACAGUGAAGCAGUCUUCGCAUCGAGAUGUGCCAAAGUCGGCCUGUCUAACGAGGCGGUGGCUGCUCUUAAGGCCAAGGGCUGGGGAACUUACGCCAACUUUGCAUUUUCCACUGCCGUGAUUCCGGGGCAGGGAGAUGACAGCAUUUUUGUGCGUGAUGUGAUUACAGUGAUUCUGGGGAGCGCGGAUCAUUCCUCAGGGGCGGCCCUGCGACGACUUCAUUUUGAGAGUUACACUCUCACUGCCGCCGAGCUCAAGCGGCAAACGGAGUCCAAUGAGGGCGACGUCCCGCGCAAGCUUCCCCCUGCUGAAAUCGCCAGUCGCAUUGAUGCCUUGCAAGCAAAAGUGCUUCCGCUGCGGAUUGAAGACAGCCUUGAACCUUCCCAUGCUGUGGUAAACCUGGUUUGUCAAUGCGUGGAGGACCAAAGGGUGAGGUACAUCGAGCUGUGCCGAGUGACGACUAGGAAUCAGGAAGUGAAUUCCUUGAAGGAAGUGCCCUCCUUGCGUAUGCUCCAGCCGGACCGUUCGGGGGUACUGAAAGCAGUGGCCGCCUACGAUUCUUUGCGCACCAAAGUGGACACCGAGCUGGAGGUCUUCCAGGCUUUGCGGCGCCGGGGCAUCGCUUAUGAACUUGGAGGUUACAUGUCUUUUGCUGCUCACGAGGCCUUGGUGUGCUUCUUGAUUCGAGAGUUGCAGAAGGAUCCCUUGCCGGGUUUCGGGCGGGUCACUCUGAAUCAGCUUCAGGCGGCCGAUCGAGAGACCCAUGUGCAGCUUGCAAGGCUUACAAGGGCGGGCUUUGCAACUCCAGGUCCGGGCAAGUUGCCGCUGGAUGACCAUCUAGCAAAAGUGCUCGAGAUGGCGCCGAUUCAUUGGAUCCUUAUGCCGGCUAGGCUGGGGGGCAAGAGUGCUCACCCGGGGGCCGAGGAUCUUGAGUCGUCGGGAGAUGCAGGCGCACCCUUGAAGCCUACCAAGAAGAAGAAGAAGAAGAAAAAAGAAGCCAAAGAGGCUGCCGAGGUGCCGCCUCCUCCCCCUGCGCCGGAGGGCCAGCCUGAUCGCAAGAAGUUGCGUGGGGCUAUGCCACAGGGCCUGCGGGGGGGCGUGCCGCGCACCAAGGCCAAUGAGGCGAUUUGCUAUGGUCACAACCUAGGACCACAUUUUUGCGAAUUGCCCAAAGGUCAAGCGAUCGUGACUAGGAUCGCUGAGGCACCUUGUGUUCGCCUGGACCUCACUCAUGCAGCUGACCAGGCUUUGAUUCUUGCUGAGGUGAGACGUGCCGAUGUGGUCUGGUUGGCCCCGCCCUGUGGCACCGGGUCUCGGGCUCGUGACAUUCCGAUCCGCCCGCCGGCCAGACGUGUGAGGUUGGCCAACCACCUCUACUCCUUUGCUGCGCAGGUGCGCAAGGCCACCCGUUUGCUGUGCACGCAUCCCUUGCCUUCCAUGCAUGCUAAAUGUGACAAUGCACACCCUCACAAGCCUUGGGGUGUCGCGACAUCUCGAGGUCAGUGGGACUUCCAAACCCGUGGGACGGCAGAGUACCCUGCCCUCUUCUGUCGUGCGGCGGCCUCUGACUUGAUGGAUCUUUGCGCGCAGUUCAACGCUUUCCCACUCAAGCAUGUUCCCACCGAAGCCUUCGAAGUUGCUGCAGCCACGGGGCGCCAGCCAAGGGGCGUCUCUCUUCAGGUGGGACCUUCCGAGUUUGGGUCCACAUGUGUCAUGAAGGUGCCUUUGUGUGUGUCGGUGCCCGAAGUCAUCGAUGAGGCCGCCCCGUGGCCCUUGCAAGGUUUGCCGGCGGGCUCUCGUUUGCUUAGUUCGCGGACUUUAGAAGCCGAAGGGGGAGCUGAAGGCGUGCGCGAGGUCAAGUUCGGGAUCUUUCGUACACCCGAAGCCUUUCUUGCUGAGGCUCUGAAAACGCGGCAUCCCUUCGACGAGCCGUCGACUUCAGACAUGUGUAAUGGCGUGGAAGGGGUCCGGACACUUCGUGCCAACACUUUGGCUUACUACCGGAGCCGCGAGGUGGCUCUGAGGGCAGAUGAGGAGGCCCUCAAGGCCACCAUGGACCCUGAGGUGCGCGAAGUGAUGAAGGGAAAAAAUUUCUUGUUGUUCCAGGAGAUGCUGCGUGACGCUGGAGUGGAUGAUCCUCACCUCCUAGAAGACAUGACUAGAGGCUUUAAGUUGAUUGGUGCGCUGCCGCCUUCGGGGCAGUUUCCCAGGAAGCUCAAGCCGGCGAGUCUCGACAUGGAUCAACUUAAGGCCACGGCCCGGUGGUCAAAGCACUUGGUGGAGGCAUCAUGCAGGAAAUCCGCACCCGACUUGGAAGUGGCUAAGGCGGUGUGGACCGAGACGCUCGAGCAGGUUGAGAAGUCUUGGCUGAAAGGACCCUUCACGUGGGACGAGAUCGACAAGAAGUACCAGGGUUGUUGGGUUCCUUCUAAGCGCUUUGGAGUUUCUCAGGCUGACAAAGUGAGGAGUGUGGACGACCUCUCCGAGUUCCUCAUCAACGCGGCGGUCACCGAGACGGAGAAGAUCACCUUGGAGGGGAUUGACCACAUUGUUUCCUUGGCCCGAUUCUUCCUUGGUUCGACGACGACGGGUGUUGGAACCUUCCGGCUCCCUGCUGCUUCUGGUGAAUGGGUCACUGGGCGUCUUCAUCCCGACUGGAAAGGAGGCAGAGCCCGUCAGUUGGGAGGCAGGGCGCUAGACUUGAAAGCCGCCUACAAACAGCUGGCUCGUCACCCUUCUGACGGGUGGGUGUCUAUCGUGGCGGUCCUCAAUCCAGAGACCAACGUAGUGCAUUACUUUGAAGCAGUGGCUUUGCCUUUUGGUGCGGUAAGUGCAGUGACAGGCUUUAACAGAACGGCGCGGGCCCUCCGAAGAGUUCUUUCUACACUGUUCUUUUUGGUCACGACCAACUUCUACGACGACUUCUGUCAGCUGGAGUUGGGACCUUUACAAGACUCUGCCAGGUCUACAGCCGAGGAGGUGUUGGACCUGCUUGGGUGGAAGAUUGCUCAGGGUACCAAAGCUCUGCCGUUCGCAUCGUCCUUCAACAUGUUGGGAGCUUGCAUUUCCUUCGAACGAGCCUUCAAAGGGGAUGUACUUGUGCUCAACAAAGAGGGACGCCUUGAGGCCAUCGAGGAGAUCGUUCAGCAAUGCGCAGCAACGAGACGCUGUGAUCAUAAGCAGUUGCUUUCCUUGAAAGGCAAGUUGCUGUUUGCGGCGGGGCACGUGUUCGGCAAGUGUGCCCAAAUCGCGACUCAGCUCAUUUCUCAAAGGGGCAGCGACCGGUCCCACUCCAGUGAGCACUUGGGGGAUCUUUUGGGUUCCUUGCAGUUUGCUUUGGACACCUUGAAAGCCGGAGGACCCAGGUGCGUGGGCGCAUGGUCGCGGCAGCCACCUGUGAUCAUAUUCACAGAUGGUGCUUGCGAGCAAGAAGGCUCUCUUGUGACGCAUGGUGCAAUGCUUUUUGACCCGGUGUCGAGGCGCAAGGAGGUCUUCGGGGAUCACGUGCCAGAUUCUCUGGUCGCGCUUUGGAAGCGUGGCGGGAGGAAGCAAGUGAUAUUCUUUGCAGAGAUUUUUCCAGUUCUUGUGGCCAAGACAGUUUGGAAGGAGGUGAUACGAGGGCGACGUGUCUUGUUCUUCUUGGACAACGAAGGAGCCCGCUUUACCUUCAUCCGAUCUUACUCUGCUCAGAUUAACGCCACUUCGCUUUUGAUGCAGUCGGCAAAGCUUGAUGUCGAAUCUGGAGCUUUGGGAUGGUACAGCCGUGUGCCGUCUAAGAGUAAUCCUUCGGAUGCCGCUUCUCGUCUCGAUUUUGAUUCUUACAAAGAUUGCAAGAUAGUCAAGCCUUCCUACGAGGCCCUUUUGCCAGAGGGCAGUUGA